UAAUAAUAAGGGAAAAGCAGCCACCAUCACGACCGGAUCAUCUUUAUUUAUCCCUCCCGUCUUUUUCCUCAAACCUCUUCUCUCCUUCAUCAUCAUCUUCCACGCCUCCUCGUCUCUACGCACACUGUAAAUCUAGAAAUCUCCACGAAGCUCGUUUCUAUAAAUCUAUCUGGAUAAAUCAAACAGCUAAACAAUUUUUAAAAAGGUGCUGCUCGGAGAUCUACCUAUUCAGGUAGUUUAAGUAUUUUCAGUUGAAGGCAGAGAUCGACCAUUAUAUGCAAAAUGUCUGGGCCAACAAAAGUAUUGGAUCCUGCAUUUCAAGGAGCCGGGCAGAAACCAGGUACUGAAAUCUGGAGAAUCGAAAAUUUUCAGCCAGUUCUAGUGCCCAAAUCUGAACAUGGGAAGUUCUAUAUGGGAGAUACUUACAUCGUCUUGCAGACAACACAAAAUAAGGCGGGUGCUUAUCUAUUUGAUAUACAUUUUUGGAUUGGUAAAGAUACAAGCCAGGAUGAAGCUGGAACAGCAGCUGUGAAGACGGUUGAACUUGAUGCAGGUCUUGGAGGCCGAGCUGUCCAACACCGUGAAAUUCAAGGUCAUGAAUCUGACAAGUUCUUGUCUUACUUCAAGCCUUGCAUUAUACCGCUAGAGGGUGGUGUUGCCUCUGGAUUUAAAAAACUUGAGGAGGAGGAGUUUGAAACCCGAUUGUAUACCUGCAAAGGGAAACGUGCGGUCCACUUGAAGCAGGUUCCUUUUGCUCGGUCAUCACUGAAUCAUGAUGAUGUGUUUAUCUUGGACACCAAGGAAAAGAUUUAUCAGUUUAAUGGUGCAAAUUCAAAUAUCCAAGAAAGAGCUAAAGCGUUGGCAGUCGUCCAAUAUUUGAAAGACAAGUUUCAUGAAGGAACAUGUGACGUUGCUAUCGUUGAUGAUGGAAAAUUAGAUACAGAAUCAGAUUCUGGCGAGUUCUGGGUCCUCUUUGGGGGUUUUGCUCCAAUCGCUAGGAAAGUUGCUAGUGAGGAUGACAUUAUUCCGGAGACAACUCCGCCUAAGCUUUAUAGUAUCGCUGAUGGUCAGGUAGAAUCUAUAGAUGGCAACUUAUCCAAAUCUAUGAUGGAAAACAAUAAAUGCUACCUUUUGGACUGCGGUUCUGAGGUAUUUAUCUGGGUUGGCCGAGUAACUCAAGUUGAAGAGAGAAAAACUGCUAUCCAAGCUGCUGAGGACUUUGUUGCUAGUGAAAAUAGGCCAAAGGCAACACGCAUAACCCGUGUUAUCCAAGGUUAUGAGCCCCAUUCUUUCAAGUCCAACUUUGACUCUUGGCCAUCAGGCUCGGCAGCUCCUGCUAACGAAGAAGGACGAGGAAAAGUCGCUGCAUUACUUAAACAACAAGGUGUUGGGUUAAAGGGCUUGUCAAAAAGUACACCAGUGAAUGAGGAUAUUCCACCGCUGCUUGAAGGAGGUGGAAAGUUAGAGGUUUGGUACAUCGAUGAUAAGGCCAAGACUCCUGUAUCCAAAGAUGAUGUCGGAAAACUCUAUUCUGGGGACUGCUAUUUAGUCCUUUAUGCCUACCAUUCUGGUGAAAGGAAAGAAGACUACUUCUUGUGCUGCUGGUUUGGAAAGAAUAGCAUUCAGGAGGAUCAAGAGACGGCAGUCCGUCUGGCUAGCACAAUGACAAAUUCUUUGAAGGGAAGACCAGUGCAGGCCCGUAUCUUCGAGGGUAAAGAGCCUCCUCAAUUUGUUGCGCUAUUUGAACACAUGGUGGUCCUUAAGGGUGGUUUGAGCUCUGGUUACAAAAAUAGUGUGACAGAGAAAGGUUCAACAGACGAAACCUACAUGCCGGAAUCAAUUGCACUUAUUCAAGUGUCUGGAACUGGAGUUCACAAUAACAAGGCAUUACAAGUUGAACCGGUGGCAACUUCUUUGAACUCUUACGAUUGCUUCCUUCUACAGUCCGGUACUUCCAUGUUCUUAUGGCAUGGAAACCAAAGUACGCAUGAGCAGCAAGAACUGGCUGCUAAAGUUGCCGAAUUCUUAAAGCCUGGGGUUACUAUCAAGCACGCUAAGGAAGGAACGGAAAGCUCAUCCUUUUGGUUUGCACUUGGGGGAAAACAGAACUUCACCAGCAAGAAGGUUUCCCCUGAGACUGUCAGAGAUCCUCACUUGUUCUCCUUUUCAUUCAACAGAGGAAAAUUUCAGGUUGAAGAGAUUCACAACUUUGAUCAAGAUGACCUCUUGACGGAGGAUAUGCAUUUACUAGAUACUCACGCUGAAGUUUUUGUGUGGGUUGGUCAAUGUGUGGACCCCAAGGAAAAGCAAACCGCCUUUGAGAUUGGCCAAAGAUACAUAGAUCUGGCUGGUUCCCUGGAAGGCUUAUCUCCAAAAGUUCCUUUGUACAAAAUCACUGAGGGGAAUGAACCGUGCUUCUUCACCACUUAUUUUUCGUGGGAUGCUACUAAAGCGACUGUGCAAGGAAAUUCCUUCCAGAAGAAGGCAGCAUCAUUACUGGGUACACACCACGUUGUGCAGGACCAGUCUAGCAGUGGAAACCAAGGACCAAGACAAAGGGCUGCUGCUCUAGCUGCCUUGACUUCCGCAUUUAAUUCUCCUUCUGGAGGGACAAGCUCUCCGAACCGGGACAGGCCAAAUGGAAAUCAAGGUGGUCCAAGACAAAGGGCUGAAGCGUUAGCCGCAUUAUCAUCCGCGUUCAACUCUUCACCAUCAUCAAAUUCACCUCCACAAAGACCAGGAUUGACAAGCCGAUCGUCACAAAGAGCAGCAGCACUGGCUGCUCUCUCGCAAGUUCUCACUAAUGAGAAGAAGAAAUCACCUGAUACAAGCCCUUCCGCUGAAGCUAAAGAUGAGAAAGCCUUCUCAGAAGCGGAGGCUUCUGAAGAAUCUGCUGAAGCCAAGGAAGAAGAGGAAGUUUCACCUGCAGCAGACGCGAUUGCUGAGGAAGCAGGAACAACUGGUGCAACUUUCACCUACCAACAGCUACAAGCCAAAUCCGAUAAACCAGUGAAAGGAAUUGACUUCAAACGCAGAGAGGCUUACUUGUCUGAGGAAGAGUUCAAGACUGUAUUUGGGAUGGAGAAAGAAGCAUUCUACAAAUUGCCUAGAUGGAAGCAAGAUUUGCUGAAGAAGAAAUUCAACUUGUUCUAAGACGUAUCCAGAUAAAGGUCAAGAUAAAUUAAGAACAAAGGCACGAUCUGUUGGUUAUGUGGUGACCUUAAUGCUGCAGCUUUGAAGACAAUGAAUGAUCAGUUUGUUUUUUUUUCUUUCUUUUUCUUAUUGUUUUGGUUUCCUUUUGCGUAUCCUCGUAUUGUUUUGGUUUUUCAGGAAAAAAAAAAUUGCUCUUCAUGGGUAGCUUUGGGUUCUUGGGUUUUGCUUCUUAUUCUCAUCACUGUGAUGUGUUAUUGUAUUCAUUGAUUGGUGUUGUUUUGCAUUUUUGUGGGUCAGGACAGUUGUGUGAUGAUGUUAGUAAAUUCUUUGAUUUGAAUGAUUUAUUAAAGAACAAGUGUCUACUUGCACACA